AUGCUUGCAGAGGUAGAGGAAGAAGAGCCUACAGGGUUCAUUCGCUUUGAGAAGUUCUUACCAAUGAUGACAAAAGUAUUAUUGGAGAGAAGGUAUGGGAUUUUUAUACUAUGUUUUAUAUUGGGUUAUUUUCCUGUUUUAGAUGAAAAGAAAAAAGGAUUCAUCACUAAAGAAGAGUUAAUUAAAUACAUGACAGAAGAAGGUGAACCAUUUACACAAGAAGAGAUGGAGGAAAUGAUCUCUGCUGCAGUUGACCCAGACAAGAAUAUUGUUCCUUACAAGGACUAUGUUUCAAUGAUGGUAGUAGAUUAUUAA